GUCAGAAAUUAAACGCGACCCGGCGCGCUGCCGUUGCCGCGAACGAUCGCGAUUACACACACACACGCGCGCUCAAACACAUAGUAUACACAACUCCUCAAUACGUUUGUAUGCACACACAUACACACACAUAUACUUUCUCAUGCACACGGCACGCAUUCGCGUUUGUAUACAAUCUAUAUUCUUGUACCGACCACGCGAUGAUGAUUAGGUGAUUCCUUUCCUAUCUGGGAGUGCAUACACGCGAAGGGAGUAUAGCUGUGUGCGCGUGUGUGUGUAUAUAUAUAUAUAUACACGGUUCUUACAUGUAUACGGUGUAAAGCCGGUCUAGAUAGAGCCCGGCGGAGUCCAUCGUUACCGAUGGGUAGAACGGAUAUGUCAAAGACGCUCAACGCCUAUAGAAUUAAAAAGAUCGAGAACAUAGGCAGAAUGACGGCCAUGACGCAGGAGGAGAUAGUGGCAGGGGCCAGGACAGUGGCGCAGGGUCUGGAGGCCCUGCGGGUGGAGCACGGCGGACUCCUGCAGGGCCUGCAGUCCCAGGACGCGCCGGCGGCGCGCGACAAGGCCAGUCUGCUAUCGAAGAUCAUCGAGAUGAUUGACCUGGGCUUGGGCGAGGCGCAGGUAAUGCAGGCGCUCGCCAGCCACCUACAGAUGGUGGAGGCGGAAAAGCAGAAGCUAAGGACCCAAGUGAAGAGGCUGUGCCAAGAGAACGCCUGGCUGCGAGACGAGCUGGCCGGCACUCAGCAGAAGCUGCAGGCGAGCGAACAAGCGGUAGCUCAGUUGGAGGAAGAGAAGAGGCACUUAGACUUUAUGGCUAGUAUGCGACAAUACGAUCCGGAUCCGUCGACAGAGGACGAGAAUGCCAAGGAUCGGCCGAAGGACGACCCCGUUGUGGAUCUUUUCCCCGAUGAUGACGCGGAUGAUCGCAACAGUAAAUCCAUAUCUCCGACUCCGCCGUCGCAGUUUGCACAGCAAGUCAACGCGGGCUAUGAGAUACCGGCGCGGUUGCGCACCUUACACAACCUAGUGAUUCAGUACGCGAGCCAGGGUCGUUACGAGGUCGCGGUACCGCUGUGCAAGCAAGCGCUGGAGGAUUUGGAGAAGACCUCUGGUCAUGACCAUCCGGACGUGGCUACCAUGCUUAAUAUUCUCGCGCUCGUAUACCGCGACCAGAACAAAUACAAGGAGGCGGCAAACCUGCUGAACGACGCCCUGGCCAUUCGUGAGAAAACUUUGGGCGAGAAUCAUCCCGCCGUAGCAGCGACGCUCAACAACUUGGCGGUGCUGUAUGGGAAACGAGGCAAGUACAAGGAAGCGGAGCCAUUGUGCAAGCGCGCGCUGGAGAUACGCGAGAAGGUGCUGGGUCGCGAUCACCCCGACGUGGCGAAACAGUUGAACAAUCUGGCGCUAUUGUGCCAGAACCAGGCCAAGUACGAGGAGGUUGAACGUUAUUAUCAACGCGCGCUCGAGAUUUACGAGGCCAAGUUGGGUCCGGAUGAUCCCAACGUCGCCAAGACGAAGAACAAUCUCGCCUCGUGUUUCCUCAAGCAAGGCAAAUAUAAGGACGCUGAGGUGCUGUACAAACAGGUGCUUACACGAGCGCAUGAGAGGGAAUUUGGUGCUAUUGACGGUGACAACAAGCCGAUCUGGCAGGUUGCUGAAGAAAGAGAGGAGAACAAGCACAGGAACAAGGAGAACACACCGUAUGGCGAAUACGGCGGCUGGCAUAAAGCAGCCAAGGUGGACUCGCCGACUGUCACGACUACCCUGAAGAACUUGGGCGCGUUGUAUCGUAGGCAGGGCAAGUACGAGGCCGCGGAGACUUUGGAAGACUGCGCCAUGAGAUCGCGUAGAGAGCACGUACAGCAAGCAUUGGAACUGGUGAACAAGGCGCGAGUGGCACAACUUUUGGGCGACGAGAAAGGCUCCGCGAGGCGCGGCUCCCGUUCCAGUCUGGCGAAUAGCGAGCACGAGCAGAGCCACGAUGAGGAGUGGAAAUACGCCUUUCGCGCGAAGUAAGGCGCACAUUCGUCGAGGAAAAUCUUCACUCGACCAGCAGACUGUAAUUUCGAGCGGAUGAGAAGACGAACGAAAGACAGAGAGAGAAAGAGUGAGAGUGUGAGAGAGAGAGAGAGAGAGAGAGAGAAAGAGAGAGAAAGAGAGUGAGAAAGAAUGUGAGAGACUGAGAGAGCGAGAGAAAGAGAAAUCGAGAGAAGACUCCGCGGUGUUUCUCGUAACACUGACCGUCGAUGUCCAUCGCUUGCGUCGUCCGGAUCGUGUGUUUAAUGUACGCAGCACAUUCCAGCCGCUUCUAAUAAACGAAACUACACGCACUCUCUAAAACGCGAGCCUCCACCGUUGUUAGUUUUCUCACUACUCGGUCGCGCCGUAGCUCUUUUUCUCGAUCGCGAUGCGAAAUUGGUCCGCCGAAUUUGUGUGCGAAUGUGUGUGUGUGUGUGUGUGUGUGUGUGUGUGUGUGUGUGUGUGUGUGUGCGUAUCCGAGGCAUUCAAGAGUAAUCUGCCAAUCAAAAAGUUCGCAGGCAUUUCUUCAUGGAUCAUCUCGCGGUGCAUACGUGUUCCGCUCUCACGUCACUUGUGUACGUAUACACAUUUAUCGAAACACCACCACCGCAUACAACACUCAUUGAUCUGCAGAUACACCACCAAGAUGCGCUCUCUAAUUUUGCACGUACACUGGGAGAAAAAAAUAUUAAAAAAAUAGCAAAUAUUUUUUCCCGUGGGUACGUGAUGACGUAUUUACUUCAAAUCUCUGGAUACUAUCGUCGGGUGUCUUUGUUUGAUGACGUCAGAAGCGAGAAAUCGCCCCACAUAACACAAGAUUUAAAAGAUGUCCCAGAGACAUCCAGAUGAUUGCUAAAUGUCCUUGCAGAAGUCCUCAGAAUAUCCUAAAGAUAUUCCGAGGACUUCUAAAUGUCCACACGAGUCCCCAAGAUAUCCCUUCAAAAUCUUGUGCUAUGAGGAGUCUAUUCUUGCGUUAUAUAUUGAAAUAAAAAGAUAUAUUCAUAAGAAAAUACUUGUAAGUGAUUCAGCAAAUUUGUAAGAUGCUCUGAACGCUCUCCUUUUAUUGUUAAAAUCAAUAAAUACCUGUGAAAUUAGGGUGACAUGCAGCUCAGGUUUUAGCCAAAUUUUUCUCAUCAUUCCUGUUAUGUUAAUUUAAUGGCUAUUUAUUGAUUGUAACAUCAAAAAGAGAGUGUUCGAAGCAUUUUAUAAAAUUGUUGAAUAGAUUUCAAGUAACAUUAUAUGGAUAUAUCUUUUUAUUUCAACGUAUAAUGCAAAAAUCGUGAGCAUGCGAUUUUUCGCUUCUGACGUUAUCAAACAGGGCCAGCUUACACGACUAUUCCAGGGUCUUAAAUUGAAAUUUUUUUUUUAUCCAAGAACAAACAAUUGCUUUCACAAAAAACUAAGAUUUCCUUGAAAUUCUCCAAGAAAAUAUAUAUUUUUUUAUUUGAAGAAUAUAUUUUGUAUAUUAGUAUCAGAGAGAGAGAGGGGGGGAGAGAGAGAGAGAGAGAGAGAGAGA